AUGUCUUCUCAGUACACCCUGACUGUUAACGUUGACCCGAAGUGGGUCUCGGCCUGGUCCAAGAUCCCCGGAAUGAAGCUCUGCUUUGCCACGGCCGUCGGUUCAGGUAGCAGCGCGACCUUCUCCAACGUCGUUGCGUACACGCACAACAUUGCGCCUAAUGUUACUAUCCAGUGGGGAAACAACUAUCGCAUUGCCGGUAGCACCAACAACUUUUCCAAUGGAGCGAAGUUCACUGCCUCUACUGACAAGAUUGCCGUCAAAUUUGGCAGCAAGACGGAGGUUAAGAAGGACUGGUCCAUCUCCACCAACCCCGACGACGGCGCGCCUGAUGCGGGCUUCUUGUUCACCAAUCAGAUCGAAGUUGCAGCAGUCCUUUACCGGGAGAUACAGGGUGAAUACAAGGCCAUCUACAUCAGCCACGUCGGGCCCAUGCCCAAGAACUCCAAGGAGAAGCUCACUCCCAAGCAAAAGGUCUACGUCUGGUUUUCUGACAGCUAUGAGGAUGAAACCAUGAUCGACGACUUUUCUGGAGACCUGAAGGAGAUCGUGUAUGAGGGAAAGACAUCAGCCACUGUCAAGUUUGACGGCGGCGGCACCUGGUUUGACAUGUAA